AUGCCUGCAAGGAGGCUGGAACAGAAUGUCGACAUCGACUUUACUCUUCGUAAAGUGUUCGGCAAGGACUCGUUCAGACCAGUCCAGCGCGAGGUCAUCACCUGUUCGCUCGAAGGCCGUGAUGUCUUUCUGCAGGCCGCGACGAGCUUCGGCAAAAGCCUGUGUUUCCAGCUGCCUGCCGUGGUCGACUUCGGCAUUACGAUUGUGAUAUCGCCGCUCCUUGCACUCAUGAACAACCAACUCGCCUCUAUGCAACGGGCGGGCAUCAAGGUGGCGACGAUCAACAGCACAACGAAGUACACUGAAAAGAAUGCGAUCCUUGAUGAUCUGAAAAGUGGCCAUCCUCGGAUUCGACUCCUGUAUGUAACACCAGAAUACUGUGAGCUUGACUACUUCCGCAAAGCUCUCCGCAUCGUGCAUGAGCAGUGCGAACUUGCUCGCAUUGCCAUCGAUGAAGCCCACUGCAUCUCAGAAUGGGGUCACGACUUCCGCCCGAGCUUCAAGAAGCUCGACUUCUUCAAGAAAGAGUUUCCAUCCGUUCCCAUGAUAUGCUGUACCGCCACCGCAACACAAAGAGUGCGAGACGACAUCGUUGACACGCUUGCACUUGAUCGCCUGAGAUUGAGAAGCUUUACUAUGACCACUCACCGCCCGAAUCUGCACUAUGAAGUCCGCUUCAAGAACGAUGAGGAGGACCAUUACCAUGACUUUACAAACUGGCUCAAGGCGUGCUACAACCGGCGACUAAACGAUCCACGGCGUAAUCUGGAGCUUACGCAGCGGAGAGAGCGAGUGACCAAUGUAGCCGGCAUCAUCUACACCCUCUUCCGCAAAGACACCGAGGCACUUGCCGCACGUCUCUGCGCAGAUGGCAUAGGUGCUAAACCAUAUCAUGCGGGACUGACGACAGAGCAGAAAGACGACCACCUGGCUGGCUGGGUCGCGAACAAGGAAGGCUACGAUAUUAUCGUCGCCACCACCGCGUUCGGCAUGGGCAUCGACAAAGAGAAUGUUCGCUUCGUAAUUCAUUGGCAGAUCCCAAAGUCGUUUGAAGGCUUCUAUCAGGAAGCAGGCCGCGCUGGAAGAGAUGCGAAAGCCGCCUGCUGCAUCCUGUACUACAGUCGUGAAGAUCGUGACCGAGCUGCCUUCCUCUUAGGUCGCGAGAACGAGCGCAACCUUAGCGGACCAGGUUUUGCCCGCGGUAAGGAAGCUUCGGUACAGCGAGCGAAGAGCCUGCAGGCCCUCAUAAGCUACUGUGAGAACGUCGGUGCAUGCAGACAUCAGCUCAUCGCGCAGUACUUUGGCGACACCACGCUGCCCAAGUGCGACUGGGCUUGUGAUUGGCACAAGGAUGCCGAUAAGCUGUUCAGAAGCAAGGAGGAGCACCUCGCUAGUGAAGAGUGGUGUGCCACCCAGAGGCAGUCUGGUGCGUACGAUGACACGUGA